UAUUCAUGUAUGUAAUACAAAAAAUUAUUAUCUAUUAUCUAUAAACAUCAACUAUUUAGGUACAGUUGUAUACUAACGGAAUUUUUACUUUUAAUUUUUAAAGUUUUAUCAAUUUAACAUUUCACUGUCAAGUGUUGAAUUUUGAAUUUUGAUGUUAUUAAAUACUUGAAUGUUGUCACUUUUGUCAGAAUUUCCUCUACUAAUCGAUCUUUUUUCGGAUUUUUCUAAAUCCUUCUGUUUUUUAAUUUGCGUGUACAUUAAUAGAUUUGAAGUUUUAAAAUGAACAAAGAAAGGCGCGUUGGCCGUCGUAGUGUGGUACAAAAUCUUGUUAAACUUACUCCCGAAUAUGAUAAUGAAGAAAAAGUAUCAGUGGGACCAAAAAAAGCUUUAUUUGAUGAUGAUACAUUUGUUAUGAAACGUACAUUGAAGCCAUUACAUGAGAUUAACAAUUUUCAAUUUACUUCAUCAAAAUCUAAAAGUCAUGAUAAACUUUAUACAGAAAAUACUUUUGACAUACCUAAAUCUACAUAUAUGGACAUGUUUAAUAACCAUAAUAAAAUUCCAUUAUCUCCACCUAGUAGAAUCAAACUUCUUGAAUCAUCAAUGGGAAAAUCUCGCCAAAAGCCUUAUGAACCUGUAUUGCAGUCAAAAGAACUUUUUAACACCCUAAUUGACUCACCUUGUACUAAGUAUGAAAAGGUACAAUUUAACAAUGCAUUAUCAUCUGCCUCUAAAUAUUUAUUAAAUCGCCACUUAGAAUCUGUCCAAAAAAAUGCAGACAUAUUUAAUGUUUCAAUACCUGAUGUAAAUUUGACUCCUGUCCACGAAAAUAAUUCUAAUAAACUCAUAACUCCAAGUUUAAUAGACUUAAGUGUUACUUUGAAGCCAGACAUAUGUCAGUCUCUUAGCCAAAGUCAAACAUCAAAUCUACCUUUACUAGAUGAAGUAAUGAAAAAUGAAGAAAUUGAUGAUACUUACAAAACUCAAACAUCAAAUAUGCCUUUGUUAGUUGAAGAAAUUGAAGAAUUAAAAAACAAAGAAAUUGAUGAUAUUCGCCAAACUCAAACAUUAAAUCUAUCAUUAUUAGUUGAAGAUAUUGAGGAAUUAAAAAAAAAAGAAAUUGAUGAUAUUCGCCAAACUAAAUUGCAAUGUUGUAAUUUAAUGAAGACCCGGUUCAAAGAAAUUGAACUAGAAAUUGAAAAACAUUUUGGCAUUAUGGAAAAUAAAGUUAAUGAAAACUAUGAUAAAUUGCUGAAAAAAGUUCAGGAUGGAAAUAAUGACAGUGAGUCACAAACAUCAAAUAUUACUGUAGAAACGGUGAAGGAAAAAAAUUAUACUAGAAUGACUGGUGCAUAUGGAAUUUUCAAUAAUUUAAAUAAAGAUUGCAGUUUUUUGAAAACUCCUAAAACUAAAGGCAAAACUCGAGAAGAAAUGUUAAAUAAAGGAGUUUUGACACCAUGUACAAUGUCAUUUGUUUUACAAGAACAAUUAAUGCACCUGAAUAGCAGUUCUUAAGAAUUUGACCUGUGAAUAAUCCAAAAGAUAAAACUAACAUUAUUAAAAGAACUUAAUUUGUUAGUCUUCAAUUUUUAUUGUGACGUUUAAUUAUUUUUAUACAACAAUUCAAGUAUUUAAUAUAAUUUUAUUUUUAAUGUUA